AAUUCCCAAGAUGCAUCAUACCCAAACGCUACACUGCAUAGACCGGUACUAUGCUAACACUGGGGGAAUCUGACGCAGUUGCUCUUAUGUAUCUACACCUUCUUCGAGGAACUUGAGGCAAAAGAAAAAGAUAAAAAGCUACCCUUGCACUCAAAAAUUAACUCUUACGGAAAUUUUAAAAUAGAGAUGGGAGAAGGACCAAUAAAUAUGCUCUGCACAGUUCCUUCCCCCCCACAACCUCAAUACCGCAGAAUGGGCUGGUCAAGGAUCACGUGUUCCGGGCUUCCUAGGUGGAGCAAUCAGGGAGGGAGGGGUACUUGGAAACCGGAAACAGCGUCGAAUGGAGCUAUGGCGAUCUUCAGUGUUUAUGUGGUGAACAAAGCCGGCGGCCUCAUCUACCAGCUGGACAACUACGCGCCUCGAGCCGAGGCUGAGAAAACCUUCAGUUACCCGCUGGACUUGCUACUCAAGCUACACGACGAGCGCGUUCUUGUUGCUUUUGGCCAGCGGGACGGCAUCCGGGUGGGCCACGCGGUUCUCUCCAUCAAUGGCGUGGACGUGAAUGGCAAGUACACCGCGGAUGGGAAGGAGGUGCUGGAGUACCUGGGUAACCCGGCCAACUACCCCGUGUCCAUUCGCUUCGGCCGGCCCCGCCUCACGUCCAACGAGAAGCUGAUGCUGGCCUCCAUGUUCCACUCGCUGUUUGCCAUCGGCUCCCAGCUGUCUCCCGAGCUGGGGAGUUCUGGCAUCGAGAUGCUCGAGACUGACACCUUCAAACUCCACUGCUUCCAGACACUGACAGGUAUCAAGUUUGUAGUGCUGGCAGAUCCUCGGCAAGGUGGGAUUGAUUCUCUCUUGCGAAAGAUCUAUGAGAUUUACUCAGACUUUGCCCUCAAGAAUCCAUUCUACUCUUUGGAGAUGCCCAUCAGGUGUGAGCUGUUUGACCAGAAUCUGAAGCUAGCUCUGGAAGUAGCUGAGAAGGCUGGGACUUUUGGGCCAGGAUCAUAGGCCCUCCAGCAAAGACCAAAGCUUGAGAUGGACUCAGCCAUUUUACUAGGAUGGAGAUCCAAAUACCCCAUUUCAGAGCACAUCAAGAAGAGUGGAGUCUGAGCAGGAGAGGGCAGUGUAGUACUUUUAAGAACUAUUUGGUGUACCAUCUUCUCUUCCCUGUAUAUAAUGGUUCUACCUCCCCAAUAUUGUACAGAUGUAUUUAUGGAAUGAGUGAGACCUGAUUGAAGAUGCUUUAAUAAACAUUCCUGUGAAACCUGG